CAUGGCGGCUGCGGCGACCCUGGCGAUGGAGCCCAUCAGAACAUAGUAGCGGGGGAAGGGGCACGGUCCGCACUCACGGUGGCGUCGGCGGAGACGGCUGAGGGCGGUGGAGGGAAGAAAAGCGACCGAGAGCAAACGGAAGGGCGGGCAGGCACGCAGGGCGGCGUAGAAGCGAGCACCGGCUCGAGCUAAAGCCGAGGGCCAGAACAGUGGGGAUGGCGGAGCCGCGCCGAGUAGCGUUCAUUAGCCUGUCACCGGUGAGGCGGCGCGAGCCCGAGUGCCCGGGGGCCGAGCGCGAGCCCGAGUAUCCACGCAACCCCCCCCGGCUGGAGCCGCAGCCCUACCGCGAGCCGGCCCGGGCGGAGCCACCGGCCCCGCGGGAACCGGCCCCCCGCUCCGACGCGCAGCCCCCGCCACGGGAGAAGCCGCUCCCCCAGCGCGAGGUCAGCCGCGCCGAGCCGCCCAUGUCGCUGCAGCGCGAGCCCCCGCGGCCCGAGCCGCCGCCGCCGCCGCUCCCGCAGCUGCCCUUGCAGUCGUCCCCGCCGCGGGAGUCGGCUUCCCGGGCCGAGCAGCCGCCGCGGCCGCCGCGGGAGACGGUGCGCCUGGAGCUGGUGCUCAAGGACCCUACCGAUGAAAGCUGCGUGGAGUUCAGUUACCCGGAGCUGCUGCUGUGCGGAGAACAACGGAAGAAGCUCAUUCAUACAGAAGACCCAUUUAAUGAUGAGCAUCAGGAGAGGCAAGAAGUGGAAAUGUUGGCUAAGAAGUUUGAAAUGAAAUAUGGUGGGAAACCCCGUAAACACCGGAAGGAUCGGCUACAAGAUUUAAUUGAUAUAGGCUUUGGCUAUGAUGAGACAGAUCCAUUUAUUGAUAACUCAGAGGCUUAUGAUGAAUUAGUUCCUGCUUCUCUAACAACAAAAUAUGGAGGCUUUUAUAUCAACACUGGCACUCUACAGUUUCGCCAAGCUUCAGAUACUGAAGAAGAUGAUACUACAGACAACCAAAAGCACAAGCCACCCAAAGUUCCCAGAAUAAAAGAAGAUGAUAUUGAGAUGAAGAAGCGGAAGCGAAAAGAGGAAGGUGAAAAGGAGAAAAAGCCAAGGAAAAAAGUACCCAAACAACUGGGAGUUGUGGCUCUAAAUUCACACAAGUCUGAAAAAAAGAAGAAACGUUACAAAGAUUCUCUUUCUCUAGCUGCCAUGAUACGAAAAUUUCAGAAAGAGAAGGAUGCAUUAAAAAAAGAGUCUAACCCCAAAGUCCCAGUGACCUUAUCAACCUCCUCUCUGAAUAAACCCCCUUCUGCUGCAGCAUUGGGGAAUGAUGUCCCAGACUUAAAUCUGAACAGUGCUGAUCCAGACCUCCCCAUUUUUGUUAGCACAAAUGAACAUGAACUGUUUCAGGAUGCUGAAAAUGCCCUAGAGAUGCUAGAUGAUUUCGACUUUGAGAGAUUACUGGAUGCUGCUUCUGAUGGUAGCCCCCUAUCUGAGUCAGGGGGAGAAAAUGGAACCACCACCCAGCCAACCUACUCCUCUCAGGUUAUGCCCAAGGUGGUACCUACACUCCCAGAGGGUCUACCUGUUCUUCUUGAAAAACGUAUUGAGGACCUUCGUGUAGCUGCCAAACUUUUUGAUGAAGAAGGAAGGAAAAAAUUCUUUACCCAGGAUAUGAAUAAUAUUCUUCUGGACAUUGAGUUACAGCUACAAGAACUAGGCCCUGUCGUUCGUAGUGGUGUCUAUUCCCAUCUUGAAGCUUUUGUGCCAUGCAAUAAGGAAACACUGGUAAAACGUCUAAAGAAGUUACAUCUCAAUGUGCAGGAUGAUCGUUUAAGAGAACCUCUGCAAAAACUGAAACUGGCUGUUAGCAACGUCAUGCCUGAACAGCUAUUCAAAUACCAGGAGGACUGCCAGGCUCGUAGUCAAGCUAAGUGUGCCAAAUUGCAAACAGAUGAAGAACGAGAAAAAAAUGGAUCUGAGGAAGAUGAUGAUGAAAAACCAGGGAAACGUGUAAUAGGACCAAGAAAGAAAUUCCACUGGGAUGACACCAUUAGAACUUUGUUAUGUAACCUUGUUGAAAUCAAAUUGGGAUGCUAUGAGUUAGAGCCAAAUAAAAGCCAGUCUGCUGAGGAUUAUCUUAAAUCCUUUAUGGAGACAGAGGUGAAGCCCUUAUGGCCUAAGGGCUGGAUGCAAGCAAGAAUGCUUUUUAAGGAAAGCCGGAGUGUACAUAAUCAUCUUACUUCUGCUCCGGCAAAGAAAAAGGUGAUUCCUGCACCUAAACCCAAAGUAAAGGAGGUGAUGGUAAAGACCCUUCCUCUCCAUUCUUUUCCUACUGUGCUUAAGGAGUGUAGUCCGAAAAAGGAUCAGAAAACUCCUGCAUCCCUGGUAGCUUCAGUUGGUGGUCCUUCAGCAAGCUCUAGCAUAUCUGCUGUUGCUUCAGCCAGCUCCAGCUCUACGCCAGCCCAAGAAACCAUCUGCCUUGAUGACUCACUAGAUGAAGAUCUUUCUUUCCAUUCGCCUUCACUUGAUCUUGUUUCUGAAGCUUUAGCUAUUAUCAACAAUGGGAACAAGGGCCCUCCAGUUGGCUCAAGGAUAAGCAUGCCAUCUACAAAACCUCGUCCAGGACUGAGAGAAGAAAAAUUGGCAAGUAUCAUGAGUAAGCUGCCACUGGCUACUCCCAAAAAACUAGAUUCUACUCAGACUGCACAUUCAUCAAGUCUUAUUGCUGGUCACACAGGGCCGGUACCAAAGAAACCCCAGGAUUUAGCUCAUACUGGCAUCUCUUCAGGCCUUAUCGCUGGUUCUUCAAUCCAGAACCCUAAAGUUUCCUUAGAACCCUUGCCAGCCAGGCUACUUCAACAAGGACUACAGAGGUCAAGCCAGAUCCAUGCUUCUUCCUCUUCACAGACUCACAUCUCCUCUUCUUCCCAAGCCCAAGUUGCUGCCUCCUCUCAUGCUCUAGGAACAUCAGAGGCUCAAGAUGCUUCUUCAUUAACACAAGUAACAAAGGUGCACCAGCAUUCGGCGGUCCAGCAGAACUAUGUGUCUCCAUUACAAGCAACCAUUAGUAAAUCACAGACCAACCCAGUGGUGAAAUUAAGUAAUAAUCCCCAACUUUCCUGUUCAUCCCCGCUUAUUAAGAGCUCAGAUAAGCCCCUGAUGUACCGCCUUCCCUUAUCUACACCCUCACCUGGAAAUGGUUCUCAAGGGUCCCACCCCCUGGUUUCUAGGACAGCACCUAGCACCACUACCUCCAGUAACUAUUUAGCCAAGGCUAUGGUGUCACAAAUCUCCACGCAGGGUUUCAAAUCUCCCUUCUCAAUGGCAGCAUCCCCAAAACUUGCCGCAUCUCCCAAACCUGCCACAUCUCCUAAACCAUUGCCCUCACCUAAGCCUUCUGCCUCGCCCAAGCCCUCUCUCUCAGCUAAGCCUUCAGUAUCAACUAAACUUAUUUCUAAAUCCAACCCAACUCCCAAGCCAACUAUAUCCCCAAGUUCUUCCAGUCCAAAUGCACUAGUAGCCCAGAGUAGCCACUCCAGCAGUAACAACCCAGUCCAUAAACAGCCCAGUGGAAUAAACAUCAGCAGACAGUCUCCCACCUUGAACUUAUUGCCCUCUAAUCGCACUUCAGGCCUUCCAUCUACAAAAACUCUUCAGGCCCCUUCAAAGCUAACAAACUCAUCAUCCACUGGAACUGUUGGGAAGAAUAGCUUGAGUGGAAUUGCAAUGAAUGUACCUGCCAGCAGAGGUAGCAACCUUAACUCAAGCGGAGCUAAUAGGACUAGUCUAUCUGGGGGAACAGGAAGUGGAACACAGGGUGCUACUAAACCGUUGUCUACUCCACAUAGACCAUCCUCUGCCUCAGGGUCUUCAGUGGUAACAGCCAGUGUGCAGUCCACAGCAGGAGCAUCAUUAUUGGCUAAUGCCUCACCUCUGACUCUCAUGACAUCACCUUUGUCUGUAACAAAUCAAAAUGUGACUCCUUUUGGGAUGCUGGGUGGCCUUGUUCCAGUGACCAUGCCCUUCCAGUUUCCCUUGGAGCUACUUGGCUUUGGAACGGACACAGCUGGAGUGACAACCACCUCGGGAUCUACCUCAGCCGCUUUCCACCACCAUAGCCUAACUCAGAAUUUACUAAAGGGUUUACAGCCAGGAGCUCAACAUGCAGCAACACUUUCCCACUCACCUCUGCCUACACAUUUACAGCAAACAUUUAAUGAUGGAGGCCAAAGUAAAGGGGACACUAAAUUACCACGGAAAUCUCAGUGACUUCCAGCAAGCAAAGGAAAUGAAACAUUUAGUUGGCUGAUGGAAUCUACCUGAUGGGAAAGUAUUUAUGUGGUCAUAGGGCUGCUGUUUCUGUCGAUGUUUACAUUCUCUCGUCCCAAGCACUGUGGUGAGGAGGAAAAAGAAAAGAAAACAUUACUUGAGCAAAGCCAGGUGCAGGAGGAAGAAAAUGCUUUUGUGCAAAGUUAGGGUUCUUUGGUCUCUUCUAAAGAAAGACAAAGUUACCAGGUUAACUGACUUGAAAGAGGCUCAGUUGUCAAACCCACAGGAGUACAAAUUUGAUUUAUCCCGGGGGAGGAAGAAGAAAGUCAAAAUGAUUUGGGUGAACUCCAUCCAUCCUGGGGGUUAGAUCUGAACACUUGUAGCAUAGUUGUAUAAUAAAAGGCAAUAUAUCUGGAAUUAGGCCAGUUUGUCAGGAGUAACAAUCAUGUCUGAGUGGACUACGUAGCAAAUUUGCCACAAAAAAAUUUAAUGACCCUAUGUGUGAUACAGACAGCAGCUGAAGAAAUAUUGUACCCUCAAAAAUCCCGAGCAAAUUUGAAUCUUCUUCAGUGUAUAGCAACUCCCCAUGUAAAUCAGUGGACGAAAGAUGCUUCAGAAAAGUUAUUUUAACAGUGAUUGAUAUAUAUUAUUAAAUCAUCUAGAUUUUUAAAGUCAGGAAUUGAGCCUGUUACUCUCAAGAGAUGAAACCUAGAUGCUCCCUUUUUGUAAAAGGGUCAGUUUCAUCUUCCAUUCAGAAGCAGGUAUUUAACUCUUUUCUUCAGGUGAUUUGUGCAUCUGGUAUUAACUGGUUAAUUGUUAUUUCCAUUGUUGAUGUUAAAAUGUGACUGUGUUCACAUUUUCUCUUGAGAAACAUGGAUCUUUAACAUAGGGCUGCUACUUUGUUGCUCUUAGCCCUUGCAGGCUUACCAACAUGAACUGUAAAUUUCCCCUAAUUCACCUCACUUCACAACUACUACUUCUGUUCUUUUAGCUAGUGAUACUUCAGGUGAUUAUUAGCUAUUGAUAUAAACAGGUAGAAGUAUAUACUAUAUAUGUUUCUUCAUUGGUCAUUCAAAUGGCAUAUAUAUAGUUUUUGCAUUUUUAAGAUGGUAUUUUAAAGGGAGGAAUUACAUUAGGUUAACAAUCACAAUGUAUUUUUACUCCCUAUAUCCAGUGUAGUGAAAUUGUUUAAAGCAUUUGGGAUCUUAAAGCUUUACUAAUACUUACUGAGUAUUGAUAGGCGAGUAAACCUGCAGAUAAUAAGACUCCUUAGUUACUAUAGUUUUCUUAUACAAAUAGCAUAUUCAACAAAGGAUGUUAAGGGAAAAAUUGAUUCUGUUUGGGUACAUUUUAUUUGAUUUUUGUUGUUGCCUCAUCAUCAUUGUUAGAGUGUCUUUUGUUUUUUAAGCUUCUGAAUAUUUUUCAAACUACACCCAAGAAUGGUGUAAAGCUCUAAAUGGUGUAAGCUUGGUCCAUUUUUAAUGACAGACUAACCUAAAAAACAGCAUUAGACUGGUAGUAGCAAGAUUUCUUGCAUAUAUUUUCAUUACACAUUGCCCUAUACCAUUAAGUUUAUGCUAAUAAGAGUAUUAAACAGGCCUUUUCUUCCUUUUAUUAAUAAAAGUCCCAAAUAGCCUUCACAGGACUGUGAAUAAAUAACCACCAGAUCUAUUCAGAUCUGUAUGCCUAUAUUUUGACUUCAAAGUCACAUUGGCUUGCUUCAUAGCAAAAAAGUUAAUAAAUAACUGAAAACUUUAGUUCCAAGAACUUGUUACAGUAAGGGGAAAGGAUUAUUUCAAAUAAAUCAUUGAUAUAAUUUCUUGACUCUAAGAAUUUAGUAUACCAACAAAACAAAUAUGGAUGUUGUAUGAACUCCAGUAGGUAUUUUGGAAGGAUAAUGGGAUGUCGCAGAGAGGUUCGACUUGAAUUCAGUGUAUUUAAGUUUUGUUUGAUCUUUUUAACUAGAGAAGCUUACCGAAUUCUUGACUUAUUCCAAUGUAGCAGACCUCUUGCUUUUAUUGAAUUUAAAAAAAAAAAAAAAAAGUCUUUGCUAAUACUUUCUGGGUAAGUGAUGGGAGUUUUCCUUUGGAAAGGUAGCCUUUGUUUUACUUCCAAUACCAGAAGAGAAGUCAGAGUCCAUAUUAAUCUCUCUUCCUGCUGAUAAUUUUACAUGUAUCUGUCUGAUAAUUUUACAUGUACACACAUAUAUAUUCAUAUAAAUGUACUAGUUUAAGUCAAAGAAUAAUAAUUUUAAUUUAUCAAUUCUGAAUCAUGCCAUAUGAAGAUCACUGAUGACGCUUUGUCAUCAUUGGGAAAUAACUGAAUUAUCAGUUCUUUCCCCCUGUAUCACUUUAUACUAACCAGUAAAAAUGUCUGAAGACCCUUGGCUCUGGGAGUAUAAUAUGGAGAUUAUAUUCUAUUCUCUUCAGUCUUGAUUCCUUGAGGACUGCUGUCAGAUACCCACCUUAAACACUCCCCCAUUUCCACGGACCAACUCACGUCCUUUUUAGUCAAGACCCCCCUUUUAUGUUGUACAAAUGAGUCAAAGUAUGAUCAGAGAAUUUCUACAUGUAAAUACAAACCUAUUUCUUUUCUAGAUCAUAGCAUUGAAAAUGGUGUCCAUACUUUGUCUUUACAGUUUUUAUUACUGAAAAACAUACAAAUUGGUUAUUUUUUAGCACAGAGACUUGUGAUUCAUACUGUAUUUUUGCACUUAAAAAAACAGAUUAUGUUAUUUUUUAAAAUGGUGAGUAAUUGGAAAGGAUAUCUAUAGAGUAAUGUGUAUUUCUGAAGAGCAUUAGCAACAUCCAAAUGCAAAAAUAAUCAGCACACUUAAUUAUGUCCCACUCAGUGGGAGUCUUGAUUCAGGAAGAUUAAGCUAUUCAUUUUCAACUGUCUUAUUUUAAAUUGCCUUCACUGAUAUAUAAGCUGUUACUGUACAUACAAGUUAAUCCUCAGUAUUCACAAGCAAUAAUGCUCAGCAGGGUUGUCAGUGAUAGCAGUGCUGAGCCUCGGGUGGAGACUGUUUGGGAGCAGAGUGUCAAGCUCAUUCAGAGCCUCCAAAAUAAAUGCAAGCAAUAAUUUCCAUCAUAAGCCAAUUCUAAUUCUUUCUCAUAUGCUUCUGAGUUCAGAGGGUAGAAGAAAUCAUGGUUUUAAAACAGCCUGAAGAAAAGGGUUUUGAGAAAAGAAGUGCGGUUAAUCUGUAGUCACAAAAUCCUGAUAUUUUGAAGAAAUCAGAGGGUUGUAUUAGUACAUUCUUUCAUGCCCACCACCCCUUUGAUGGAUGUUGUUAGCCCAAAUUAAAUGUUUUUAUGUCGUAGACAUUGAAUAGGGUUUAUUGGAUCAGCAAGGUUAGGGGAAGGACCGGGCACAUACAUGUUUGCAUACUGUGGGUUUGACACCUGUUUGAAAACAAUUUAUUGAAAAUGAUUUUUAACUAAACCAGGAUAUUUUUUUCCCAAAGCAGAUCAAAAUUGUUUACUACCCAGGGUUAGAAGGGGCAGGCAACUCUAGUCUUUCUCCUCUGAUUGCCCUCUCCCAUGUCCCUUUCCACCUCUACUUAGUUCAAGAUAUUUUCCAAGAUGAAAAUUCUACUGUUAUUCAAACUGCCAUUGAUUAUGAGAACUCUGUGUCCUUUGGGAUUAUCUCUUACAACUCCAGUUAUCUAUCAUAUUUGCUGCUACAUUUGUAAAAUGAACUUUGCCUGUAUUGGUUGACUUUAAUUUACAGUUCUUUAUUUCUAGGAGGUUUUGUCAUAUAAUUUGACCCAUGUAUAGAAUUAGGAUACUUUAUUUUAGGAGUGUACCAUAAAAGCACACUGGUCCCUGUAUUGUUUUUAUCAUUUAGAUUUUGAAUUUGUGUUUGCUUUUUUUGUUGGUUUGUUUUUGUUUUUGUUUUUUAAGUUGGAAAUAGAAGAAUGAGAGAAGUCUAUAAUCAGGCCAAACUUGAGAACUUUCCCUGUGCUUCAGCACUAUAAUUUCUGCUGACCCAAUGUUCUCAAAAGGGGCACUUUUACUUUCUGUUGUGCAUGUAUGAUUGGGUUUUUUUGUUUUGUUUUUUGCUUUGUGGGGUGGGGGGUUGUUUUUGUAACAAUGAAGCAAAAGAAAAGUGCAGUAGUAGAUAAGUGACUAAUCACAAACAUGUUAUGCAAUUUUAUUUUAUAAAAUUUUUAAGGGGAAAAGUUUAACUCUGUAAAUCAUUUCUUAGCUCUGGUAAAAUGCUUAUAUUACUCCUCUAAAACAUGCUCAAUUCAGGCCUUUGUCUUUGUUAAGUGCCUUUUUUUCUUUCUUUUUUCCCCUCUUUGGAAACUGUUCUCAGAUAUCCUAAAGUACAGACUGAUAAGUCAGGGGAUUCAGAAGGAAGAAUCUCAAACUUGCCAACGUCAUGUCAUGCUGUAAUACUCUUCCUUUUCUUUCUAAGUAUAUGGAUAUAUGUGUAAGAUAUAUACAUAUACACACAUAUAUAUAUAACUAGUGGCUGCUGUACCAUCACAUCCUCUCCAAACACUCUCUUUUGGUAUUUGCAAAACUUCUGCCUUGUUUAUUCCAUUGCAUUUAGUUGAUUAAAAUGGGUGGAUUUAGAAAUUGUCUUUUCAAAAGAUGCUGUCU